CGCGUGAAGGCGGCUAAAUUCAAAACUCAAGACGUUAGCAUCGAGACUUGUUCGCAUUAGCUUCAAAAUUGUUACGUAUCGUAUGCAAUGUGGUUGAAGAUAAACGAUUUGAAAAUGGUUUCAAGUUAGUUAAGAAGUAAUAAUAAAAAACGUAUUUGUCUUAGAACGCCGCAACAUCACAAUCAACAAUAGCAAGGUCUGCUAAUCCCAAAUACCCAGGACAAAUUAAAAAUGCUUCUUAAGCAACAUUUUGGGUUUCAGGAAGACACUGCAGAAACAAUGAUUUCUAUAUAAAGCAUUAUUUUAUAUCCGUACAGUUGAUGAUGGAGCCUCUGGAUCCUCCAAAAAAUAAUGAAGGCAGUGGAUUUUCAAGGCGCCGCAUUUCCUCGAUUUUAAAAGCACCACGGAAAUCAGCCAGGUUCCCUGACCAAGAUCAGCAAGAAAAUGUGGUGGAACGUGUCAAACCAGUGGAAAAGAGGAAUUCAAGACGAGUCAGUUUUGCCCCUGCUAAUGACGUCCUUCUGUUUUCUAAGGAUGUCAAAAAUGCCUCCCCUGUCCGAAGCCCUUUGCAAGAAAUAAUAACAGCAACAGGAGCAACAACCACACAAAAUAGGGUGCAAGAGGGAGUCACUGAAGAUGGGAGUGAAAUAAUUGGUAUGGAAACUCUUUUGAAUGCUCCUCUACAUGUUUCCCAACAAAAGGAUAAGGCCACUGGAGAUGACUUUGGGGAAAAAACAGUGAUGUUUUCCACAGAAGAUGCAGCCAUGGACAUGACCCAAAGCCACACUAUAAAUAUUGCUGCAGACAUACCUGAAGAUAUACCCCUUGACAAGUAUGACAUUUUCCCAGUUCUUGGAGAAAAUCGCUUGAUGGAUGAUAAAGCCACAGUCCCACCACUAUCCACAGGCAGAAAUGUCGAUGUAAGCACAUCAUUGUCAUGUUUGGAUCCUGGAUUUGAAAACUUCCUUGCAAGUCUGUCUAAACCAAGUGGCCAGAGCACUAAUGCUGUAAACAUAACGAUGACUCUUCCUGCUGAAGCAUCCUCUGAAGAAACAAAAGGCUCCCUGGUCCAGAUUAAAACACAAAGGCCUAAUUUGGAUAAAGAAAAUCAAGUUCCAGUGUCCGUUUCUGCUGUGAUGGAGAAGACACCACAUAACACCAGGAAAACUGGAGAAUCCUCCUACAGGAGUGCACUCUGUCCAGAAGAUGAUGUGAGCAUGGAUAUGACUGAAGCCCAGACAGGUCGCAUCCUGGGAGUCUGUGAUGAUGACGAUAAUCCUUUCCAGUGUCUUUUUCCUACUCAAGACAUGUACACCCAUUCACAGAUGAAACGGCAGCAGAGCAGUAAAGCAUCAGGAUUAACCAACCCAAAAGAUAAAGUGUCCUUGAUAAAUCCUCUCGUACCUGCUCCUCAUCAAAGACAUAAGGUGAGCUCUGAUGCGAAAAACGAAUGCAGAGAGAAGACAGUAGUGUUUGCUGCAGAUGACGAGUUUAUGGACAUGACUGGGUGUCACACAGUAAACAUCGCCUGUGGUCCCUUGGUUCCAGAGGAAAAAUCAGCAGAUAUUGAUAAAGAAAACUUGCCACUAAACACCACUCAAAAUGUUAGAGAGCCUUUUAAAGCCGUUAUCAGCUGUCCUGAACUAAGCAUGGAUAUGACAGAAGCUCAAACUGGCCACGUUUUGGAAGGUGUGCGGGACGAUCCUUUUCAGUUUCUUUUUCCACCGCAAGACAUGUACACCCACUGUCUCAAGAAAGCAGAUGGUACUUCAGGACAGCGGAUAAGUGAAGCACUCAAAUCAUCUAACCAUAAAGGCAUUGAAGCUUCAUCUUCAAAGGCACUAAAAAAUCAGAACAAACCUGACAUUGAGAACAACUACAGCGAGAAAACAGUGAGAUUUUCUGCAGAUGAUGCCUGUAUGGAUGUGACACGAAGUCACACUGUAAAUAUCCACCAGUUGCAAGUACAGUCUGACCAAAAUUUUGACUUUUUACCUGCUAAAGAGAAAACUUUAAGAUUCACUCCAGAUGACGGUAUUAUGGAUAAGAAUUAUGGCCUCACUACAAACACUGCCAGUAAUUCAGCGUCCAAUUCAGUAAAUUCUGAGAAGAAACAAGACCGUAAAAUAUGUGAUCUGCCUAGGAACACAUCUUUGUCAGCACAUAGUUUGGAUCCAGGGUCAAAAAACCUUACAGCUUCCUCCAGCAUUAAUCCUAUGAUUACUAAAAUGAAUUCUAAUGGAAAUGCAGUAUGUCCCAAAGCAGACAUAAGCAUGGACAUGACUGAAGCUCAAACUGGCUACAUUUUGGAAGGGGAUGCAGGCACAGCUACAGAUGCCCGUCUUCAGGAUCAUUUUCCCACGCAAAGCAUACACGCCCAAAGUGGUAAUGUCAGAAAAGCUGACUGGCAGAACAGUAAAGCAACUGGAUUAUCAAGCUGUAAAGGUAAAGAAAACUUCCUGAAGACUUCUGGAAACACAAAGGUGCAAAGAGAGCAGGUUAAGCUUGAUGUGGACGAUGACUGCAAAGAGAAGACAGUGGUUCCUGUUGAUGAUGCCCUUAUGGAAGUUACACAAAGUCUCACAGUGAACAUUGUCAGUGAUUUAGAACUGCAGUCUCACCAAGACACAGGCCUCUUACCUGCUAAUGGAGAAAAGACAGUGAGGUUCAGUAUACAUGAUGCUGCCAUGGAGGUGACACGAAGUCACACGGUGAACAUUGCCACCAACCUAAACCUGCAGUCAGAUCACAAUUCAGACCUUUUACCUCCUCUUGGAGAAAAAACUGUGAGGUUUGGUACAGAUGAUGCUGCCAUGGAGGUGACACGAAGUCACACAGUGAACAUUGCCACCAACCUUAACCUGCAGUCAGAUCACAAUUCAGACCUUUUACCUCCUCUUGGAGAAAAAACUGUGAGGUUUGGUACAGAUGAUGCUGCCAUGGAGGUGACACAAAGUCACACGGUGAACAUUGCCACCGAUGUAAAGUUGCUGUCAGAUCACAGUUUACCUCUCAAUGUAGAAAAAACUGUGAGGUUCAGUACAGAUGAUGCAGCGAUGGAUAUGACACGAAGUCACACUGUAAAGAUUGCCACUGAUUUUGACAAGAAGUUACAUCAAAAUGUGGAUUUUCCACCUACCUCCGAAGAAAAAACGGGGAGGUUCAAUGCAAAUGAUGGAGCAAUGGAUAUGACAGAGUGCCUCACUGAAAGUAUUCCAAGUGUUUCUGCGCCAUACCCGGUUCUACCAUUGCAAAAGGUUCUGCCCAUCCAGGAAAUCCAGGGUUUUUCUUUUAAAGUAGAGAAAUCAAAUAGUGAAGCCUGUGGUCUGUGUGGAAACACAUCUUCAUCAGCACAUGAUUUAUAUCAAGAAUUUAAAAACUUGUCAAACACAAGUGACCCAUGGACUGAUAUUAAAUCACAGGACAAUGAUAUACCAUCCCCUCAAAAAGCUACUGACCCAAGGGACAUACUGAUACAGCUUAAAACACAGAAACCUGCUAUGAAUACUGAAAGUGAAGCUCCAGGUUUGGUUUCAUCUUUCAUAAAGAAGCCAGUAAGUACAACCAUGAUGGACUGUACAGAAAUCAAUUUGAGCAUGGAUAUGACUGAAGCUCAAACAGGAUGCAUUUUGGGUCAGACGUGCACAGAUGACCCCCUUCAGCGCCUGUCCUCCACACAAGAUCCCAAUUCAGACCAUUUGCGGCAAACUGGGAUUGCAUCACAGAGGAGUGGUGAUUUGGGGUUAUCCAAUCCUGAUGACCAGGAAAUUAUGAAUGUGCCAGAUUCUCUUAACUCAAAUGAAAGGGAGAACACAGAAGAACCUGAACCAAGAACUACAGCUUGUCUGAUAUCACAGGAUAUGGAAAGUUCACCCAAGGUUCCUGGAAAGGAUGUGGAUGCAUUGUGCUCACGAAAGUCUAGACGAAUCAGUUUAGCUGAUAUUCAGUCAAAAGUAAGGCGUUUGAGUCACAUGAUAAGUGCAGCUCCCAGUGCAGUCGUAACUGAUAACUGCACUGCACCUUUGCAUCAUUUGGAACAAGACCUGGGGAAAAACUCAAAAGAUGAAACGUUACCUGUCACUAUGGCAGAACCAGAAGCUGAAAUGGAAUUGGUAAACACUGAAGACAAUGCACGAGCUCAGUGUUUUAUAGAAGCAGAGUAUCCCAGUGAUGCUAUUACUACAACUCCUUUCAGCUCAAAGACCAAACAGCUUAUGUCAAGAAUCUCACUGGGAGGCUUUAAGCCGAAACUGCCCCAAAAAUGCAAACCUGAUGAGUCAAAGAGAGUGAAAUCUUCAGGAGACCAUACAAAGACGAUCACCGUCAACGUUGCCAAGGAGCUGAACAACUUUGAUGACGAUGUUAGUGAUAUUUACGAUGAAGAGCUGGAUAGUUAUGAAGAUAUGUCAGAAGCACUGGACACUAGGAGUCCUCAGAAAAGUCAAGAGUUCAACAUGGUCGAGCCUUUAGAGAACACUGUGUUUGAAGAAGAUGUCAUUAGCCCUGUUCAUGGACAAAAGAGACUUCUGCCAGAAGAUAAAACUAAUGUGGAGGAUCAAAAGAGAAUGAAAACAUCCUGUGUGACUGUUGAAGUGUCAGAGGUCAUAGAGUGUGACAGUAAUAUUACUACAGCUCGUACGACUACACAGACAAUAGAUUCCUCCAGCAAUCACACAGCCAGCAUCAAAUGUGAAACUGCAUCUGAGUCAACUUUUAAACACAGCUUGUUUGAAUCUCAGCUUGAAGACAGUGCUGUUGAUGUGCAGAUGAAACUCAAAGAUGGCACCAUAACGGUCUUGGAGUUCUUUAAACUCUUCGGCAUUGACUUUGUCAUCCAUAAUCCUCGGGAGAGUGUCCUUCCUGGCAGAUUUUUGUCAGACACAGAGGCCUCACCAAUGGAUUUACUGAAAGACCAACAUAUCAGUCGUCCUAAACAGAUGGUUUAUGAGACAGAUGUCUUUAACCUCAACGAAAAGGUUGAAGGGCUGAAGGUGCGAAUGCAGGAUCUAAACAAACCUCUUAAUACUGUCAAUAGAUCUUUGUGGGAGGACAUGAGAUAUGCUUCAGAUAAAGAGCUGAAAUCUUUCGGUGCUAAACUAAAGGAGAGAAAUAACUUCUUCAGAAAAACAAGCAAAGUUCAGUCACAUGAACUGAAGGAGGUUCUGUACUCAAAUCUUUUGCAGGCAAAUCUGGAGGAGCAGCACAAGUUGAGAGGAAGAAUUCAGGAAGCAGAUGAGAUGAUAAAAACUCUGGAUGACUGUAUUUGUGAAUUAGAAACAGAAUUUGCUGCAGUUGAAGAAAAAGGGUUUGAAGACAAACCAAGUCUGAAGUCGCUGCAGGAAGAAAUGAAGAGAGUCACUGAGACGACGGCUGAUAAUGAGAGACAAAUAUCUGAACUAGAGAUGCAGAAGAAGCAGAAUUCAAGUAAAGUCAAAAGGCUUCGAGCUGAAACGAGGAACCUGGAGAUUCAUAUGGGCCUUCUGAAUAUGAUGAAUGAAUGGAAGCUCAGAGAAAUGAGGGACAACUGCAGAGUCUUCACUUUCCUCCAUGAGACCAUGCAUCUGCAGCUGGUGUUUGAAAAGGCCAAUGGUAAUGAUGCCGACACUGAGCAGAAAAUAACACACAUCACUUUUAAACUGGAACUCGAUGAUGAGAAGUCGCAGUGCCAUGCACGCCUUGUUCACAAAUUGGUCUCCGAGUACAUUGAAGGUGAAAGUUGCUGGGUAAAGAAAUACCCAACAAGAAGACAAGUACCAAAGCUGCUCCAUGAUGUCAGCCUGGUGGUGAGUCGCUGUCGUCUUCUGGGAGAGGAACUGCGUCUCCUGAAACUGUGGGGAGGGCUACGGCUGGAUAUACUCGACAUCAGCUGCAUGGACACAAAAGUGCGCAUUGUCUUCAGCACUCUGAAGAAAUUUUCCAAAUUUGAGGUAGUCUUUGGCAUCUCUCUCAUCAACCACUUCUGUGUCCUGCAAGUAGAGAGCUUUAAAAACUUAAUUGGAAGCACAACGAUUCAACAGAUUGAAGACAUUGUGGCUUCGUUCACUCCCGCCAAGAACCUGCUGACAAAGACUGUCAGAAAGAUUCAUGAAGUGUUAUUAUGUUGAGACCAGGACUGAGUCCAGGAUCACAUUUUGAUUCUAGUUGUUUGUAAUUAAACUCUGUUGUACAGUAUAGAGGGGAAAAACUAAAAACUUAAAUUCUUUGUACAUUAUACUUAUUCUUUGAUUUGUAAGAGUCUUAGUCUGUUUCUUCUGGUGUUUGAAAGAUGUGCUGUUUUGCUUUUUGCUGUACACACAAACAGUUCUCACUGUACAAAGCUGUUCUGUUUCUGCAGACUUUAAUGUUCCAAUAUGGGCAAAAAAAUAAAAAGAUGAAUUUGCUCAAAUGAAAGCUAUGUUGGGAGUCAAAAGGAUUUGCAAACAUUGAAAUCCCAACUCUUUAAAAAAAACAAAAAACAACGACAACCCAGCAUUACUGACUGCACGAUUAUGGUCACUGUAGUUUAAAGCAUAAAACCCUAUUAUUGGUGUGGUGCAGUUUCCAGAGUUGCCUCUAGAUGGUGGACAUUACCCAUCACCUGUUGGAAGUUUUUGCUGAACCUCCCACAUGUAAAUAUCAGUAUCGCUUCAUUUUGUUUAUACUGAAAUGAUUAUAAGCACAUACUCUUUCCAGGCCUUUUUAUUAGACAGCAGUAACUGUAAAAUAAACAUGCUUUGCAUUAUAAUGGCUGUGUGAGUAUUUUGUGCCACAUUUUCACCCAAUUUUCUUUGUUUGAAAAUGGAUCACAGUAAAGAAUAAAACAGAGUGUUGGUUAAAUUGGCUGAAACAUGUGACAUGUGCUAUGAUCAAUAAUACAAAUCAAAAU